AUGGGGUUUUCCGUUCACUGGAGUUGGUUUGCUGUACUUUUCUAUCUCUCAUUUAUGGGAGAUGGCGUACGGUGUAACUGCACAGAGCAUGGUAUGCAAAGAGGAGGUCAUUACACUCUGACCAAGAAUCUGAAGGCUGGCAGCAUGCUGAUCUAUCACUGUCCUGAGGGGUACUACCCAUAUCCCGCUUUGGCACAUGUGUGCCAGCUCAAUAGCAAGUGGAAGUCAGUGCCAAAACAACUGCCAAGAGGACCUCAGACAUGCAGGUUGGUUGAAUGCCCUGACCCUAAUGUUUUGGAGUUUGGAGAUGUUUUCCCUCCUCUGGAGAAGUACUAUGUCAACAAUGAGACAACAUAUGAGUGCUACUCUGGAUACACACUGCGUGGUUCGUCCUCACGGGUCUGCCUACCAAAUGGGAAGUGGAGUGGUCCCACUCCCAUAUGUAGCCAUGACACAUCAGAUCAUUGUGCCGAUCCAGGAAUUCCACCUGGAGGCACAAGGACUGGAAACAUAUUUGGCAUAGGUGACAAAGUGGUAUAUGGCUGUAAUGACAAGAUGUUUCUGGUGGGGUCAAGUAAGCGAGUGUGUCAAGAAAAUGGCCAGUGGACUGGAACAGAACCUACGUGCUACUACAGAUAUACCUAUGACACACCACUGGAGGUCUCGGAGGCCUUUGGCAGCUCAAUAAAACAAAGCCUAACUGACUUAGAGUCCACUGAUGACAUCCAAGAAGGGAGAAUAAUCAAGAUCACAAAAAAUGGGACACUCAACCUCUAUAUUGCCAUGGAUGUUUCUGAGAGUAUCGAAAAGGAACAAUUUGACAGUGCAAAAAGCGCUGUUAAACAACUUAUCACAAAGAUUUCCUCUUUUGCAGUCAGUCCGAACUAUCAUAUCAUAUUUUUCUCCUCUGAAAUAACUCCAAUUGCCAACAUAAUUGAUUUUUUUGGUGAGAACAAACCAACACUUGAGUCUAUCUUGGAAGCUUUGGACAAACAAAAACAGGGUGAGUCACAUAGUUCAAAGUAUUCAAGUACUGCAGUACUCCUUCAAGAACAUUUGGAGCAAAUGGCAAUUAUAAAGCAACAAACUAGAGAGAAGUUUGAGGAGCAUCAUCAUGUCAUCAUACUUUUUACAGACGGUGGUUAUAAUAUGGGUGGUUCACCUAAACCUACAGUAGCACAAAUAAAGAACAUGGUAUACAUGAACCCCACGAGUCAAUCUGAGACACCUGUGAGAGACGAAUUCCUUGAUAUUUACAUAUUUGCCAUCGGAGCUGAGAUCUAUGAUGAAGACCUGCAGCCCCUUACAGCAGGGACUGGUGGUGAACACUACUUCAGGCUUAAGAAUAUUGAUAAUUUACAGGAAACCUUUGAUGAAAUCAUUGAUGAAGAAGAGGUCAAGGGUUUAUGUGGCCUUCACAGGACGUACGACAAUCUGAACAGCAGAGUAAAAGAACGGCAAAAGUAUCCAUGGGUGGCGACUAUUAGAAUCCACGGAGACAGGCAUGAGCGGAAAUGCCUUGGCUCUCUGGUAACCCCCAAGUUCAUCUUGACUGCUGCUCACUGCUUCACAUUUGAGACUUUACCCAAAGACAUCAAGAUUGACUUUGAUGAUGGACAAAGAAAAGUCAAACAUUUGAAAUUACACCCCAACUACAAUAUUACUGGUAAAAAGGAUAAGGGAGUGGCUGAAUUCUAUGACUAUGAUGUGGCCCUCAUUGAACUGAAGGAAUACGUCAAAGUUUCCACAAACAUCAGACCGAUUUGCAUACCUUGCACCAAGGAGACCAGUGGGGCUCUGAAACUCGUCGGUGAUAUCAAAUGCAAAGAUCAAGAGCAGCUCCUGAUUAAAGAACAUCUCGAAAGACUCAAUUUCCUGACGAAGUCAGGGAACAAAGUAGGAGAAAAAGAUGCCUAUGCUAAACUUGGUGCUAAUAGGGGGGAGUGUAUCUCUCAUGCCUUACAUGCAAAAGGCGUAACGACAACUGAUGUAACAGAAGUUGUGACCGAUAACUUCCUGUGCACCGGUGGUCGGAGUCCUUACAGAGAUCACGCGGCGUGCCCAGGUGACUCAGGUGGUGCUGUGUUCAAGGACUAUCAGCAGCGCACAGUCCAGAUUGGCCUGGUCAGCUGGGGAACCAGGGAUUACGGACCCAACGAGUGCCCGUCUGGCGAUAUGAUUGAGUCAGACGGCCUCUCCAGAGAUUUCCACAUCAAUCUUUUCCGAAUGGUCCCUUUUCUGAAAGCUGUCCUCGGAGAUGACACUCAGGAUGAUUACGCACCGCUUGAGUUUUUGGAGGAGUAG